AUGUUUUCCCCUCAAGUGGAAGCCAACCCACACAGCUUCGAUGUGCGGAUCGUCAAGCCUCCCGAUUUACCGCCAAUCUCAGCGUCUCCUCUGGAUGAUACGCCGCCCUACACUCCGCACUCGAAAUCACUCGACCUCUUGCGUUCCGAAACAGCAUCUCCAAUCGCUCCUCGCCUUUCGCUCGACACCAUCUCGACUCUCAAAGGUCAGCGGAUUUCGAGUCCCAUCUUCAUCAACAGCAGUACAGGUGUCAAGCCCCUCCCUCAGCUUCCCCGACAGCUCGGAAGUCCUGCGAUGCAUAUAGAUGAGCUGGAGGAAAACCAAGAAGAUGAUGCCCAAUCGCUGCGCAGGGAUGGCAAGCUGACCGCUGAUGGUCGUGCACCUAUUAGAGCUUCUACCAUGCCACGCUGCUUUACAGAUGCAGCAGCGUUGGACGCCGCUUCACAGCAGCCAAAGACACCCAGUCGCCGUCAAAAGUCGUCAGACCACCUUCUCAAGAGCAAGUUCAGCAUGUCGCCCGUCCAGCCGUCGAAGUCAUCCAAAGGCCGAACCUCACAAGAUCGCAAUUCUGGCAACACGGAUCGUUUGCCAGAUGGCAUUCUGAGCCAGGAUACUGCAAGAUCGACCUUGGGCAAUUGGUCACACUCCAUUGGCAUGGCAGCUCGAAAGCUGCAGAAGAGCGCGACGCCGCAGCCGGCCGCGGUCGAGAGCUACGGAACAUCGCUCCAGGUUCCCGGUGAGAACGGUGACACGAACAUCACCCCGGAGAAGGGUAAGAGCUCGUUGAGGACCGCCACUAGCCUUGCUUCGAUCAGGAGAUUCAUCACACCGUCAAGACGGACUCGAAAGGUGUCGACCACGCGCGGUCUCACCGGAUUCGGGCGGGCUGUGCUUACAGUGGAAGACACUACCACCGAUCUGGCUGCUGCUCCAGUCGAUGGAAUCGAGGAAGAAGCUUGGAUCGACGCAGACGGCCGCGCCAGCCGAGCAGGUCUGGCCCAGCUUGAUGUUGAGACCGCUGAACCUCGUGCUCUGCCUCCUUUCGAUGCUGACCUCGUAACAGCGCAAACACCUACGCAUGCUCUCCGAAGAGGCCUGGAGCUACCACGGGUCGAGAAUGUGGGUCUUCGACGCCGAGCCCUUCUUCCGCCAGAGUUCUACGAGAGACCGGCAAACACUGUGCCGUUCCGCAACGAGGCAGAUCUCAACGACCAGGCAGACAAUAACGGCGAAGAUGCUGGCCAGCCGAAUCAUCCGUCCGCCAGCAAAGAUGCAGCCUCACAGCUGCAGAAUCUCGCCGAGCCCGAGACUUCAACGGAGCAAGCAAGUGCACCACCACCGCCUACUUCGAAGCUCAAGACCCUCCAGCUGCUCGCACGACAGCCCUUCACCGCCUUUGGCAGGAAGUUUCGAAGCAUGGAAAGGACGUGGCGGCCAUCUCGGGCUUCGCAGGACCUUCCGCGACCUUCAGAUGUCAGUUCUCCGCCAGGCACGCCCGAGCUCCGCAGGCUCAUGUCACCUACUCACAUCAUGAGGACCCCAAGCUCGAAUCGUGUGCGAAGUCCACCAAAGGCCGUGCUCCUGCCGAAGUAUUCACCACGCCGGCCCCUUCAGGGCCCCUCGCUACGUCAUAAGCCAUCCAUCGCUUUCACGGACGACUCAGACCUUGAGGAAGCUCAAGAGUGGAUGGACGAAGAGCCUGCAACCAGCUCAAGGCAAGCUCUCCUCGAGCUCGCGACAUUGCGAUCGAGGCUCGAAGAGGUCUCGCCGCCGACCCGACCCGGAUUCUUGGAGAUGAACGAAGCGACACAUACCCUUUCAAAUCUCGUCAAGACCUUCACUGGCUCCUCCGGCUCGCUCAGCCUUCAUUCCUCGCCGUACAAAAUGACGGACACCCCAGACCACCGCAUCGCAACCGGCACUCCGCGCGGGCUGUACGGCAUCAUGGAAGCGGACGAACCGAGCAUGUCCCGCUCUCCGCCCUCUCACCAUCACCUCGCCUCGCCACUCCGUCGUCGCCUGAUCAGCAUCGCCAGCGUCGUCUCCACCGAGGCUAAUUCGAGUUUUGAGGAUUCAGAAGAGCUGCAGAAGCUGCUCGAUAGCAUCAUGGCUGCCGACCUGAGCGGUGGCAGCUACGACACUUCCGGCUCGCGCGACAUGGCGCUGCUUUCGCCAUUCGGGUCUCCCGAAGAGUAUCGGGACACCCACUCGGAGGAAAGAGGGACAGAGGAUGUUCAGGGGAAAGACACGCCAAGGCAGACGGGCCAGAUGCCCCCACCGCCCAAGUUCCUGCUCAACGACAGACCCAUCUCACCACCAGACUCGAGCUGCAUGAGCGACGCCACGCAUAGCAAUCGCGCUUCUGUCGAGGAGAACGAUGGGGACCCGUGGAGAUACACUUCGUUCUCUGUUCUUGAUGGUCACGAUGCUCAGCAAUGUUGA